AUGGAUUCCACAACAUCUGAUUGUGAUACUGCUGAUGUGAAUUACAUAAAAAGAGUAAAAUGUGCGGUUGCAAUAGCAGUCAUAAGAAACAAGCCUGAAGAUAUGUCAGGAGAGCAGUAUGCAAAAAAGCUAAGAGAGACCCUACAGAAGAGAGAGGAAGACUGGAAGAGAGAAGCCAAGCGACUUGAAGUCGAGUUGCUGACAGCAAAGCAGGAACUUGUAAAAUUAAAAGCAGAAGAAACAUUUCAUAAAUGGGAUUCACGUAAUUUAUAUGCAGCCAGUAUUGAAACAGCACCAGACCAGUUUUCUGAUCACUUUUUUACUCCACCAAGCUCAUCAGAAACCAUAUCUUCUAUGGAAGGUCCAAAGAUCCAUCGGGAAUUCAAUAAUGGCAUCCGAUUCCUGCAUUGUGCUAUGUGCCUACACAAUCAUAACAAAACCAUGAGUGUUUUCAAAACUUCUGAAUCUCUGGACGUCCUUGAAAAUUCACUGACGUCAGUGGUGGACCACCUACUUGAAAACUUGGAAGAAAUUCCAUCAAAGGAUCUGAACUGGGCUGUAGAGGGCGUACUUAAAGUCGUCAGUUCUGAUUUAAAUGUUGACAGUGAGAAGAAACUUGAGGGAACCUGUUGGAGACUUAUUCAGGGAUUGCUAAAGAAAGCGCUCAUUGGGGGUCAUAACCAACCAUACAAGUAUCAGGAAACCUUAAUCUCACAAAUCCUGUAUCUGUGCAAGGUUAAAUCGCUGUUAAUUCCAACUUUGAAACUUCUCAUCCACCAAAUUGUAAAGUUAUCGGAGAUGCUAAGGCAAUACACGAACAAGCAAUGUGAUCUGAACGUGGCUCAAUACGAGAAUGGCUGCAACGCUUUUAACAUUCUUGAACAGUUGUUAUCAUUGAGUUCAACUCGAGAAAAUAUUAAGGGUGAAGUUGCAGAAACAAUGAAAGAACAGUUGGAAUCUUCACUUCUUCAUAUAACUGAAUCGUUCCCACUCUUUGCUCAUUAUGUAUGGAAAUUAAACUCUUAUAUGAAUAUUAAAUGAUGAGGAUUAAAAUAUGAAUAUUAAUAACACCUGUUAUCAUUUAUUUCUUUAUGCGGACUUCUAAUUCUUUGCUAAGUACUAUCAAUGAAUAAUGAAAAUACAGUAAAACUU